AUGGGCCCCUAUUACGCCAAAACAACUAUACCAGAACGACAUCCUCCAUCUCAUGAUACCCUUUAUGGCCCAAGUGAAGGCUCUCCAGAGCGAGCGGAAAGUAUCAGCUCUGAGGAAGUUCAUAAAGCCGAGGAAUUUGUCGACACCCAGACUCUCGGAUGGAUUCCAUCCCGCAAACCCUCUAGUAACCAGUAUAUGGCUCGCUUGGAGAUACCAGUCGUUAUCCCGCGGAUUGGCGUUGCUGGACGUUUCAAACCUCCUCUCCCAUUCCUCCGCGCAUACAGUCCUACCCUUGUCAUGCAUGAUAUCAACGAAGAAGAGUUUCUGGCGUUCAUCGACAAUCUUGGCGUCGCUCAAGCUGGUUCCCCAGUCUUCUCAGCCGUCAACGCUGCCGGUCAAGUUAUGGGAAUGGUGCCCAAUCAUUGGGUAGCUCUGGCCUCCGCUGGGAUGCAAGUCGUCGCUGGAGUAGCCUCAGCAGCCGUGUCCAAGGUCAGAACGCAGCGAUUCCUAGCCAAGGCAAACGAGCAAUAUUUCAAUCCUCGCAGGUUAAAAGUGUCCCUUAAAAUGGAUGAGGAUUUGGUGAAUUGUCUAUUUGCCAAUCCUAGCAGUGAGCAGGCCAGAGAGUACAAGAGGAGAUUACUUGCUUCCAACGACUUGCAAAGCGGGUAUCAAGAUUUGCGCCAACGCAAAAUGGCUGUUCUGCAACCAUAUGUUGUCCCUUUGACAGAACGAGUGCUUCCGCCUGUAAAACAGGACAAUAUUCUUGAUAAGCUUGCUGCUAGAGGUUUAGAGAAGCAGGUAAAGAAGCAAGAAAAACGCUUUGCGAAGCAACAACAGAAGGCCGAAAAGAAGCAGAUGAAACUUGAACGAUUGCGCACCCGUGGAACGUCCGAUGGCGACAGUUAUAAUUUUCGGAAUAGGAGCCAUGAUGGCAGGGAUACUUCUAGCGACUCGUUCGGCUCUGAUUCAUCGAACAGUGAUAAGGGUGACCGUUCUAAGCACCAGAAGAAGUAUGAGAGAAAACUUGCAAAGGCUAAUAGGAAAGUCGACCGGGCAAAUGAGAAGGACGAGAAGACAGCCAAGAGGAUGGAGUGUAUUGUCGUUGAGAAUCUUUAA